GUACCCAACGUAACCAAAUAAACGCCUGAUAGUCAAGAUAAAAUUAUGUGUUGCUUAUAAAACAAAGCGUGAGAUCAACUGUUUUUUUUUACUAAACUAUCAGUUUGCAAAAUGGUAAAAGCAUAGUCAUAAGAAACAGAGAAUCAAUCCGAUGUGGCCGAUUUUUUUAUGAACUUGAUCGACGGGGGUGGCCGGAGCGUGAGAGCAUCAAAUCAAAAUAAAAUGGCUGCCAAACAAGACGACUUUGAUUUGAUUUUGUAGUUGAUUGACGAAUAUAUUACAUAAACUGAGCCAGAAAAUAGCGAUGAAGUCACUAAAGACAUCGAGACUAUGCCUACAGCAGCUCAAACCGGUUUUCAUGUCAACACUGUAAAAAAAUAUGCUUCACAAAAAGAGGGCUGAGUCUCUGGACUAUAUUUGUUUCUUAUGACUGUGGUAAGAGGGAUUGCAAAACUUAAGAACUACACAUGUUUACCACAGAGAGAGACAUUUAUAAACUCACGAAUAUCUCGGGAAAAUUAAAUGUUGUGUUUUUAUCAAACUCGUCCCCAGUGCCUUUUGUCUCUUUUUUUUUUACUGAACGGCGAGACGAAAAGACACUGGAAUCGUAGGCCGGAAUUCUGCACUUGAUUGGUUGGGUAUAAUUACCGUAAUUAUACGCAUUUCUAAGAAUUAUGCCGUAACCAUGCAAGCACAUUUCGACGAUGAAAGAAAAUGGUGUAUAAGAAGUGAUAGAAAUUUUUUUGUUGUUGUUUUUAUUUUCAGUUGUUUUUGGUCACUAAAUUUGUUAAAAACAUUGUUGGCUUCUGUAAUUUAUUUGCAAUUUACCCUGCAAUUUACCCUAAAGAAUACAUUUGGAAAAUGAAAGUCUCACGUAAUCUAUGGUAAGUCAAUUCAUUUCUCUUAUAAUUUUGGUGGUAAAAAUAUCAGUAAUGCCUUCGAGUGUAUCAAUACUAUGUCAUGCACAAAGGUAUGUAAAAAUACAUCAACGUUUUUCUGUCUUCUGGUACCUUCUUUGUGUAUUUCGUGUUUACCUUAUGUAUUGUAAUGAGCAUAUGUGCAUUCCCUCUAAUAUCUUUUUUGUAUUAUUUUGGUAAUAGAUAGGCUACAUGGAUAUAGUUUUAAAAUGUGCAUUUUUUUGUCACUUCCAGGAAAAGAAAAUACUACUCCAAAGAAAGUAUAUUUUCAUGGUAACACUGAGGAUGGGCAGCAAAGAUUCUGUAGACUCUGUGGAGAAAGUAACUGUGGGAGAUACAUACGUAUUUUUGGUGGAAGCAAUGUGGCAGAUGGAUUGCCAGCUAAAAUUGAAACUGUCACAGGAAUCAUAGUAUCUGACGCAACAUACGAUGUUAUAUGCCGAAAGUGUUCAAGAUUUAUUGAAAACGUUAUCAGUUUUCGCAAAAAAUGUCAGUCAGUACAAUCAUCAUCAACUAAAAAUUAUGUUGUUAAACGAAUGGCAAUUUCUCCUAAAAGUGUGAACAACUCAUUUGUAAAAACUAAUAAAGCCAAUUUCAAAAAAAGACUAAAGUUCUCUACUACAGAUAAUGUCAGUCAACAAUUGCCAACACAAAGUACAGUCAUUACAAAUUCUACAUCUGUGUUCAACAAACAAAGUUCUAUUUAUAAGGGAAGUUUAUUGACAACAAACCAAUGCGAAUAUGUCAUAAGAUCUGCACAAACAAGAAUAUCUGGGACAUUGGCAAAUUCCUUAGCAUUAAUACCUAGUGUCAAUUAUGCAACAAAGUCGAUUAUAACAGCCGACAUGUCAGAGUUGUUGUAA